AAACUGUCGAGUCCGAAAUGCUCCGGAUCAUACGCAGUCUACUCGCGUCUUUGGAGACGUUUAUCGACUUGCUUUUUGCUGCUCUGUCUUUUAAAUUUUUUGUAAACAGAGCCAAGUACUUCGCGCAAUCGCGAAUGGAUUCGCUAAGGGCAACGUUUCGAAGCAUCAUCUGUCUCGAUGAAAGUGUCUAGUCGGCUGGUUCGAAAAGAAGUUGGGGCGGUUUGCUGCUGCUGCUGCUGCUGCAGCUGCAGAUCUAAAACGGAGCUACGGGGCCUCGAAUACGUUGACUUAUACUGAUUAUACACGUCGCAUCGUACUCGGCAGCGCCAACGAAUAAUCAUGGAUUCUCCGCGAACUCCAAAAGCUACCAGCUUGAGUGCGGAGCUGAAGGAGAUCAUUGAUCAGAGGAACAUGUUGACCACGCGUACGAGAAUGAAAGUCCUGAAAGCGCUGGACGAGAUUCAUCAACAAAAUCAGACGCAAAGAGAAGAAAGUCUGAGGGCACAGACCAUACAAGAAAUUUUGAGCUCCGAAGUCAAGUAUCUGCGACAGUUGGAGAUAAUUAUGCAGUUCUUUAUGAAACCGAUACAAGAGAAGCAACUGCUCAAUCACAACGCUUACACGACGCUGUUUGAAAAUAUCGAGACACUUUACAACGUAAACGGCGAGCUUUUGAAGGAGCUGAAGCAGAAUCCCGAGAACGUCGCCCAAGCGUUCUGCAAAUUGGGGCCGUUUUUUAAACUCUACUCCGUCUACGCGUACAACUACAAACGCGCUUUGGUCCUGCUACAGGAAAUACAACAAAAUGAUCCAGCGACUCGGGAGUUCAUAUCGAAUCAAGAAACGAGGCCAGAAGUCAGUAACAAAUUAUCGUCUCUUUUAAUAGCUCCGAUUCAGAGGGUGCCAAGGUACAAGCUACUUUUGCAGGAAGUUUUGCGCCACACAGCGCCGAGGCAAAAAGACUACAACGAUUUGCAAGCCUCUUUGGUCGAAAUAGAAAAGGUAGCCAGGCACAUAAACUCCCUCGUCGCGGAGUACGAGGAUACGCAGAAACUUCUGGAGCUGCAAAAGCACAUAAGCGGCCCGAUAAAUCUCGUCAAACCGGGACGCAAAUUAAUCCAACAAGGACCUCUGAUGCGGGUCUCGAGGAACGGAAACACGUCCUUUCGCAGGCACUUUGUGCUUCUCAGCGACACUUUGCUCUACUGCAAAGGUAGCCCCGACGACUCACUCACGGUCUGCUGUAUAUUGCCGUUGAACAAAUGUAAAAUCGAACGUGUACUGAGCAACGGACUCUUCAAGGUUGUCUGCAUGCAGGAGACCCUACUAUUGUACGCCGAAAACGGAGAUAGCGAGGCCUGGAUCGAGGUUCUCCAAGAGGCUGUGAAGAAGUAUAUAGAAUGCAGACAGACACUGCGUAAAGACAGUAGUUCGCGGGUGCCUAUGAGGAAAAUUACCCAGUUUCAAGAAGAUGUUAUUGAGAAGCGCGGUAGAAGAAAAAGACCUUUAUCUGCAAACGAUCCAACGAUGGAGGCACUAUCCAACAAUUCGAAUAUAAUUUACGUCAACCGAGAUACCGAGACAGACGCUACUUCGCCGGAAGGUUCGAUGUUCUCCCUUGCGUUAAAACGGUUCAAAAGAGCAUCCGUCGAAAUUGAACCCUCUGUUAAUCUGAGAAUCAAAUCUUGGAUCGAUGGGGUGAAGCGGAAAAGUGUACAAACCGAAGAAACUCCAGCUGACAACUUUUUCCAUCAAACAAAAUCUACCAAACCCAACCCCGUCAAUCAAAGUCAGUACCUCCAGAAUCCUUACUCAAGUAGUCACGACGAGAUUGUAAAUUGCAACACGAUUGGUGAAGGAACUGCUGUAAAGCAGGAGACAAACCAUUCUGAAAGUCAUCAUAUAUUGUCUUUUAAAACAGUUGGCAAAUUUUUCACAACUGUAGGAAAUACAUUGAAAGAUUUAUUCAAUCGAAACUAGUUUUUGGAAUCACGUUGAGAGAAAUUUUUUAUCAUAUUGACUUGUACUAUUUAAUGAUGACGAAAAAAUGGAUUAGCCUAGUAAUUAUUUAUUUAACGAUAGUAGCUAUAUGAAAAUACCAUGUAUGAUUUUUAAAAAAUUUCGUAUUUUCAUAUUUAAAAAGUUAUUGAAAGCAGUAACCUAUGAUGAAUACUUUGUAUUAUAAAAUGUAAAAAAAAAAAUGUAAAUUAAUAAUUAAUGUUUAAGGUGUGUCAAGUUUUAGUUAUAGUAUUGUUAUAUUUGCGUAUUUUGUUUUCUGAAACAAAAAUGGUUGGAAACAAAGGAAAAAUAUUAUGCGCAGAGACAAUAAAUAAUAAGAGCUUUUAUAGUUUUUUGUUUUUAAUUAAUAUUAUCAACAAUAAUGAAGUGCUUUCUAUAAUCUAAAAAAGGUUCGUUUUUUCUGUAGCAAUAUUUGCACUAUUUUAAUUAAUUGAUUUAAUUUACAUAUACUAGUUUAUGUUGAAAAGACAAGUUUCAAUACAACGUUGUUUGCAAAAAUCAUGACAAUA